AUGUCAUCGUUAUAAGGCAUCGCCCUCUUUUGCCCACCCCCCCAGCACCAGGUGUGGCCACUAGCCUAUAUGAAGGCCCAAAAUUGUGUGUUCCUUUCUGCUCUGACAAUGGCAUGCCCAUUCGUGCGAGAUGUGGUGGAUGAAGAAGCACUUGUGCUGAGGAGAGCCUUCAGGCGAGAAAGGGUCUUCAGGGACCGGUUGGACCCACUGGCCUUCCCUGACGACCAUCUAUAUGAAAGAUACAGGUUUUCUGCAGAUGGCAUCAGGUAUCUAUGCAGACUACUGGGUCCCAGGAUUAAGCACCGCACUGCACGGAGCCAUGCACUGAGUGUGGAGCAAAUGGUUUGUGUGGCCUUGCGCUUUUUUGCUAGUGGAGCCUUCCUGUACUCAGUGGGGGAUGCAGAACAGCUGAACAAGGCCACAAUUUGCCGCACAAUAAGGAGUGUGUGUCUGGCUAUCAAAGCAUUAGCAGAUGUCUUCAUCUCCUUCCCUGGCCACAGAAGACUCUGUGACAUCAAAGAGGAGUUCUAUAGGAUUGCAGGUUUCCCCAAUGUCAUUGGUGCAGUGGACUGCACACACAUAAGGAUAAAAGCCCCCUCAGGUGCCCAUGAGGCCGAUUUUGUGAAUAGGAAAUCCUUUCACAGCAUUAAUGUUCAGAUGGUCUGCAAUGCUGACUGUGUGAUCAGCAAUGUUGUGGCAAAAUGGCCUGGCUCAGUCCAUGACUCCAGAAUCUUUCGGGCCUCUGAAAUCUAUCAGUGCCUAUCACAAGGUGAAUUCUCUGGUGUGUUGCUGGGAGACAGGGGGUAUGGCUGCCAGCCUUUUCUCCUGACACCUUUCACAGACCCCCAGGAAGCACAGCAGGCCUACAACCAUGCCCAUGCCAGGACCAGGGCCAGAGUUGAAAUGACCUUUGGCCUCCUGAAGGCACGCUUUCACUGCCUUCACAAAUUAAGGGUCAGCCCUGUUAGGGCAUGUGAUAUUACUGUGGCUUGUGCUGUCCUCCACAAUGUGGCCUGCCUGAGGAAGGAGAGGGCCCCCAGAGUGCCACCAGCCAUGGACUGGGACAAUCCGGCAAUCUUCCCUGAUGACGACAGUGGUCGGCUGCUGAGGGACCAAUAUGUGUUGAAUUAUUUUAGUUAGUAUGUGUGCUUUCAAUUUUGGUUAAAUAUGUCCUGCGGUGGCAGAGGAAUUUGGGUUUUUUGGGUUCGUUUUUUUACGAAUUUGGCCUCUUAUGAUGUUUGUGCGGUAUACUGUGUGUAAUACAAGGCUGCAGGGAGGCUACUGCAUCCAUUCAUUUGUCUGUUCAGUUGAUGUGUAUGGAUUUGUCCUGCAUUUAUUUUAGUGUGCAGACAUGCAGGGUGUGUUAUAUACAGACCUUUGAAUGUGUAUGUAUCAUUUUGUAUAAUAUGCUUGGAUUCUGUGCUUUCCAUCUUGUAGAGUCACUGUGACUUCAGUUUCGAAAGGAGCUGAUGGUUUACCUGCUUUGUUUUGUCCUUAUUCAAUAAAGGAACAUAAUGUUACACAUUGUGUUUUUAUAUUCAUAUGGAAUGUGUAUUUGUUUAUAUGACAGAGUACUAGGGCCACACUGAAGAAAAAGGAUAAAGUCAUAAAUUUAUGAGGCUGGUUCUUUCUGCAGAAAAGCUACAUAUUGUUUUUACAGUUUUGAUACUUAUGACAA